GCUGCGCCCCGCCCUUCUUCUGUUGUGGCACAAAAGUGGCCGCUCUCCUCUCACCCUGCGCUCAUACAAACACCCGGAGUGUGCCUCCUACUAUCCGUUAUCACAGACCAGGCUCCGUGAUCGCUUCAGUUCACUCGCUGUCAGGUGAAAUUGCCAAAUCCCACGCUGCAGGAUACGGAUACACCUUUUCGUCCGCCCCUUCUUGCUUCCGGUUUGCUUUGCUCUCUUACGUACUAUUGUCGUGAUACAGAGUUACCAUGGUUACAAAUAACAGAUAUUGGAUAUAGAAAAUCCCAACUUCCUUGACAGUCCCAGUAUCCGCCCACUGUCAACAGAGAGAUCCGCCAGAGUCUCCGGACGCAUCAGAGAUCACCUGCAUCCAGGAAAGCGCACCAGGCAGCGGCGGUCCAUGUGUUGCGCGCUCCAGUCGACUUGAAAAAAAAAAUUGCAAGCCCAACCACUUUAAGAUAAAGCUCACGACAUUUUAAAAGCUCAGCGUUGAUUUGAGUGUGUGUGUUUUCUAGUAACAAUGCAGGGAAAAGGCACAUUUAUUAGCCCGUUUCACAGACCGCGCUGUCUGGCGGCAGCGGCGCCGGCGGGGAAAGCGAAAUUAACUCACCCGGGAAAGGCGAUCCUGGCAGGUGGAAUUGCAGGUGGCAUAGAGAUCUGCAUCACCUUCCCCACAGAGUAUGUCAAGACACAGUUACAGCUGGAUGAGAAGGCCAACCCGCCCAAAUACAGAGGAAUAGGUGACUGUGUGAGACAGACGGUACAGGGUCAUGGUGUCAAAGGACUGUACAGAGGACUGAGCUCGCUACUCUAUGGAUCUAUACCCAAAUCUGCAGUCAGGUUUGGGGUGUUUGAGUUCCUCAGUAACCAUGCAAAGGACGAGUCUGGUCGACUGGACAGCACCAGAGGCCUGCUGUGUGGGCUCGGAGCCGGGGUGAUGGAAGCUGUUUUGGUGGUCUGUCCCAUGGAAACUGUUAAGGUUAAAUUCAUUCAUGACCAGACUUCAGCAAACCCCAAAUACAAAGGCUUCUACCACGGAGUCAGAGAAAUCAUCAGAGCACAAGGUUUGAGAGGGACAUAUCAGGGUCUCACAGCCACCGUCCUCAAACAAGGAUCCAACCAGGCUAUUCGGUUCUUUGUGAUGACAUCUCUGAAGAACUGGUACAAAGGUGAUAACCCCAAUAAAGCGAUUAAUCCUUUGGUGACUGGAGCCUUUGGAGCCAUAGCAGGAGCAGCCAGUGUGUUUGGAAACACCCCACUAGAUGUCAUCAAGACAAGGAUGCAGGGUCUGGAGGCACAUAAAUAUAAAAGCACGCUGGACUGUGCUGUUAAGAUCCUGAGAUACGAAGGCUUGGCAGCUUUCUAUAAGGGAACAGUUCCUCGGCUGGGCCGUGUGUGUCUGGAUGUGGCCAUAGUUUUCAUCAUCUAUGAGGAGGUGGUGAAGGUCUUGAAUGUAGUCUGGAAGACGGAAUGAACAGCUGGACGUACAUAGAGAGUGGCGGCUUCCUGCUUCCCUUGCUUCAGACACAGAUCUGAGUUUAGUAGACCUCUUAUCAUAAGGGGGGUGAGACAAGAAGCUGAACUUAGAUCGGUGUCAAAUGCUAACAAGGAAGUCAAAGAUGCUCAUAGACAGGAGCCGCGGAGAAGAAAAGAGGCUCAGUGUUGCCCACAUCUGGAGAGUUGGGGUAAAUAUAGAGCUUGCUGCUCAGCACUGACAAACCUGACAAGACCAAGGGUCAAUUUUACAAAGUGGGAUUAAAAACGCCAAAUAACAGAGGAAAAUGGGCUGCAUCCUAGAGAUACUGAUGUCUGUAUUGAAACUAAACCUGAAUAUUGGUUCAAAUAUGUUCAAACUUAUUGUUGACUGCUGGUAAAUAGCAUUUUUGCAGAUAUUUCAGAGCCUUUUUUCAAUUUAUCUGGUUCAUUUUCUUUGUAAACCUACUUUGUAAAAAUGGCCCCAUUCAGUGAAGGGUAUUAUUUGUUGUCAUUCACAGCUGUUUUACUGAUGUAUGCAGGUGUCAUAUUGGAUUUUCUUGAGUUAGUGUUGCUCUCUGUUUCUUCUUUUAAAGCCAGAGGAGCCAGACUGCAGCAGUUUGCAGUUUACAGUCAUAUAAACUGCAGUAACCUCCAUAACUAAGCCUUUAAUAGAAUGAUUUUACAUUUAUAAUAUGCUGAUUAUUUUUAUACAAUGUAGAUUCUAAUUUAACUUACUAUCAGGGUUAUAGUUUUAUUGUAAAGUAUAGAAUAUUUUAUUCCCGUGCCAAAUGCCAAACUUAUUAAACUAUGAAAGUGUAUUCAGAGUAAGAACAUGCAAAAGUAGCAUAAUGAUAUUAACAAGAGAGGAUUAUUAUUAUUCAUAUUGUGACCUAUUUUAUCAAUGUAUUUAUUUAAAAUUGAAUGUUAAAUAUCUAGAUGGUUGAGAGACAGUGUGCUGUAAACUUGUGCCACUUGUGUCAAGAUUGUUUUAUAUUUUCUGUUAUCAGGUCUGGUAUAAAGGUGUUUUUAAGAUGUUUAGAAAAAAAAUACUUAAUUGCUGUAUUUCACUGUGAGUCUAAAUGACCCAACAACACUGAGUCAUACAGACAAAGUAAAACUCAGACCUCUCUUCCCCUCCAAUGGAAGCAGUGCAGUUAUAUCCUAACAUUGAUGAUUAUUUGUCUUCUGUUUACAUUAUAAUUAGUUAUCAAUCUAUGUGAUUCUCUCUUCUACUUACAUUCCCUACACAAUCUGUUGAACAUCCAUUUCCAGUGCCAUGUGUCAUUCAGGGUUUGUUUUUACUUAAGAUUUUCUCACUCAUGUGCCUUUAACUCAUCUGUGAUUGACCGCUUAACCUGUUUAACUCUUAAUCAUAUUACUGGUAAUUUGAGAUUUCUGAGGUCCAAUCAUGUUGUUUGUUAUAAAAUAAUGUAUAAGAAGUUCUUCCUUGCAUCACCAAUAGUGACAUUUAAACAGUCAUAUGUAUCACUGUAAUGAUUGUAUUCAAGUAAUGAUGGAUUUUAGUUUCUUAUUUCUGUUAGAAAUGAUGUUCAUCGUUAUUUUGUAUUUCUCUGUUUAGCCAAACAUUUAACAAUAUGUACCCUAUACUGCCACAUACUGUAGCCAAUUGCAAGUCAAUGUAUUUCCGAGGCUGUGCGUAUAUGGGUGUGUGUUUGUGUGUAUGUGGGUCUUUAUGAAGCUUGUGCAAUAAACACCGCCCCCCCUCCCUUUUGUCCAUGCUUAAUGUAAAGGCUUUUGUUGUAGGGGGAAUUCAAAACUCAUUAAAACAAGCAUCUGAAAACUGGAAA